GCCAGCUGCGGGUGUAUUGUUGGGAGGGUGCUGCGCGUGCGGCCGCCGCCAGACCGUCCCGGCUGCGAGUGCGGACUCACCGGGGAGACGAGACGCGCGGUUACCCGGCCGACGAGCAGCUACCGCCGCCGCCCCUGUACCCAUCGCUACAGGUCUGAUGUCGGCCCAGUGAGCCGUGACCGGCGCGUCGCCCGAGGCCAUGUCGGGAGACACUCUGCCGCCAGCCGGGGUGCCGGGGGCGGUGCCGCGACAGGCGCUGUCGCUGCCGCACAAUAUCCACCCGGACCAGAUGGUCGCGGGCGAGCCGACGGGCAACCGGUGGAAGAGGUUUCAGCCGCUGAAGAGGCUGCAACGCAUCUUCCGACGUAAGGGCAAGACGAAGGACGAGGAUGGCUUCCCCGAGGCGCCCAAGUCGUUCUCGGCCAGUCAGCUGCUGCCAGGGCAGAGGGCCAGGCCGUCGCGGCAGGACUCGCCGCCGCUGCAGUCCCGGCUGAGCAUGUCUCACGACUCUAUCUUCCAGUCAGACGGGCCGCCGCCAGCGCAGGGCGAGCUGGGCUCGGCGCUCUCCAUUCCUUCCAUCCCCGGGGCCGGCAGCCAGCUGACGGCGGAGCUGAGGGGAGUUCUGCUGAAGAGACGCGGAGAUGAUUCGGAUGACGACCCCGGGCUGCCGCACUCGCCGGCCACCCCGCCCAACGCCGCCCGUCUCCAGCAGGAGCUCAAGGUGGGCGUGACACAAGGUCAUGCGGACCACCCAGCACGUGGGGUGACCUGGGACCUCAUGGCGGCAUGGCAUGUCUGGUGGCCUUGGACCCGAUGUUCAACCUUCGGGUGACCUGGGAUCUAAUGAUGGCAUGGCAUGUCUGGUGGCCUGGGACCCAAUGUUCAACCUUCGGGUGACCUGGGAUCUAAUGAUGGCAUGGCUUGCCUGGUGACGGAGACCGCAUGGUACACCGGGUCCUCCUGGUGACCUGAACCUUCUGAUGACCUGGUACAUCCUGGUGACCUGGAAUCUGCUGGUUUGAUGAUAUCUCCAAGUGACUUGGG